AUAACACUUUAAAAGCCUGACAACCUUUUCCUCCUGCCAUUCCCUGGCCUCUUUCCAUCCUUCUCAGCUCAGCCUCCACCCCUCCUACACAGCCUUACUUUUCUUUUUAGGCUACAGCCAGGAGAGUGUCCAGCCUGUCUGAUCAAGAGCCCAGGUAGAAUCAAGAACUUCAGCCCCAGGAUGUUGACAACAUUGCUGCCUUUGCUGCCGCCCCUGCUGCUGCUGCCCAGCUGGGCCCUUGGUAGCCAGGAAGCCUCAGAGGGCCCACUGAACUUCCACAUGCUCCAGAUCGCCCACUUCCGCGACCCCUAUCACGUGAGGUAUUACGGCAACGCGUCACUGGGGGGACAUCUGACACACAGGCUGGAGGGCCCAGGCACCAACGUCACAAUCCUGCAGCUGCAGCCCGUGCAGGACCAGGAGAGCUGGGCGCACACAGAGACAGGUCUGCAUCUCUACCUGCAGCAGUUCCAGAGCUUCGUGCGGCUGGUGUACAUGGAGCAAAGGAAUAGCGUGACCUUUCCUCUCACCAUCCGCUGCUUCCUGGGCUGCGAGCUGCCUCCUGAAGACUCUGAGAGUUCCAAAGCCCGUGUCUUCUUCGAAGUGGCUUUGAACGGGAGCUCCUUUGUGAGUUUCCAGUCAGAGGACGCCCAGUGGGUGCCAGAACCCCAGGCACCCUCCACAUUGGUCGCUUACACGCUGAAGCAACUCAACAGCUACAAUCGUACUCGGUAUGAAAUGCGGGAAUUUCUUCAGGACACCUGUGUGCAGUACGUGCAGACACAUAUCGCCGUGAAAAACUUGAAAGCAAGGGCACAUGCUAGCUGGCGACAGAUUUUGGUGUCCAACGUGGAGCUGUUCCAGCCUGCUGCAGGGUUCACCUGGACCCCGUAACUGACUGAGAUUGGACAGUGUGAGAUUGGACAGAUUACAGCAGUUCCAUGUAGAUGAUGGCCGUGCUUAGCUUCCAGCCUACACCUGCAAGUUACCAAAAGCCACAGCUUGCCACCGGAGCUCCUAGAUCCAGCAUCUAAGCAUUUCUAUUCCUCUGGGAGGCAAGGCCAGCUGCCCCAGUUCAGCUCCAGAAAACAACUGCCACCCCUCCUCUCUCCUUCAGAUUAAGGAUAGAAAUCCAGGGGAGGGGGUUGAAAUAGGAGGAGAAUGGCAGGAUUUGGUGAAACAGCCCAAGAGAUAACAAAUGGGCAGCGAGGGGCUGGACAAGACCAACACAAGCCAUGAUUACCUAAAAAAAACUUUUAAAGAAUCAAUUUAUAACACUGAUUAAAAGAACAGCUACUUUUUUUUUCUAUUAUAGUAUAUUUAAAACUCUAUAUCUGAGGAGCCAGGGAUUUAACUCAGUGGUGCCAUGCCUGCCUGGCAAGUGCAAGGUCCUGAGUUUGAUUUCUGAUAGGGGAGGACUGUAUCUGAGAUUAGAGACGUAUACAUCUGAGGACUAAAUGUGCUGUGUAAAUGUGCAAAGUUAGUAAAGCUAAAUAUGUAUAAGUUUGAUACAGGUAUAGUAACCAGUAAGUGCUCUUUUAUACUGUACUCAUCUGGAUCCUAAACAUAUCAAAUGACUGGGCAUGGUAGUGCACUCCUAUAGUCCCAGUUCUUGGGAGGCUGAGUCAGGAGAAUUACCUCAAAUUUGAGGCCAGGCUGGGCUACAUAGUGAGUUCAAGUUCAGCCUGAACUACUACAUAGGGAGACCCUGACUCAAAAAAGAAAAGAAAAGAAAAAAAAAAACAGCAUAUCAAAUGGUCAGUAAAAUUUAACAUUUCUGCUAUUAUUCUACUGUUUGGAUAGUCCCGCCAUUUAAAACCUGGCCUACCUCUGUUAGCUUCAACUAAGUACAGUAGUCAUUUCUGUUUUUGUAUAAAUGAUAUAAAGUUGUAUAUCAUGUAA